CUUUAUGAUGUAUUGUUUCGGGAAAGUUCUUCUUAAACAUGUGUCCCUGAUAAAUAUUGAAGCAUAUAAUAUCAUUUAAAGUAUUAAAUAAAUGAAUUAAAUAAUUUGAUUGUAAAAGAAAAAAGAAAAAAGGAAAAGAAAAAUUUAUUGAUGUAUUUUUAUAUUUUCGUAAGAUUCAAGUUAUUAAUUUUUCUGUAUAUAUAAGAAAUGCAAUAAUUGAAAUUUCAACGUUAUACCAUUUAUCCGUUAAUUUGAUGGAAGGAAGCGCAUGAUGAACCAAAAUGAAGUUGGAUUCAUAAAUAGGUUACAAUAUACAUAUGUCGACCUAAUCAAAAUUUGCAAAUUGACAGUAUGUAACAAAAAUAAAACGAUGACAUUUAUAAAUUCCAAUGUAUAAAAAUAAGUUCUUUUUGAAUUUUAAUGAUAAAUAAGUAAGCUAGAAACAUGAGCGAGGAAUUAGCACCUGACCCUACCCUUGAAGAAAUAUAUACAUGGAUCGAGCAAAUACAAUUUUCAAAACCAAAGAAGAAUCUUGCUCGAGAUUUUUCCGACGGUGUUUUUAUGGCUGAAUUGUUAAAACGGUACUAUCCUAAAAACAUCGAUAUACAUAAUUAUGUUCCUGGUAAUAGCGUUGCAAAAAAAAUAGAUAAUUGGUGUACGCUAAAUCGGAAGGUACUUUCAAAGCUUGAUAUCAAAUUAGGAAAAGAUAUAAUCAAUAAAUUGGCAAAUUCGCAACCUGGUAUUAUUGAAAAAGUUUUAAUCGAAUUGCGAACUAAAAUUUUAAAAGAUUGUAAUACGGAAAGGAAUAAUUUAUAUUCUGAAUAUCAGGAAAACGAAAAACCAGAAGUUGUUAAGUCAGUGCUCAAUACUGAAGAAGUAGCGAAUAAAACUGUUCCACGUCAUGUUUUUGUUCGAUUAAAACAGGAAUUAGAAGAAAAAAAUGAAAUGAUAAAAAUGCUUCAUCAAAAGAUAGAUUCAAUGUAAAUAGAAAUUUUAUAUUGGUGCUCUCAUACUUGGUGGUGAAACCAAAAUUACACCAUCACCACGAACAAAAAGCAUAGAAAUAUUCCUUUUAGUCGUACGAUAA